CGAUACUCUUCGAUUACAUGCAAACACAAUUAUCGUAAAGUGGACCGUUUGCCGCAAAGUAUUAUUACUUUCGUUUAAGGCAUAGAAAAUGAAAGUGUAUUUAUUAAAGCGAACACUUUGAUUGAUUUAAUCAAUAUUAUAAGACACAAAAACUUUACAACAGUGCCAUCCUUACCAAAAUUACCUUUUGAGAACUGUUUACACAAACGUAAAUAACAAUCUGAUGACAUGUAUUGCAGAAACGUGAAUACCAUCGCUAUGAAAAUCAUCUCAGUCCAUCCAACGACUAUGGCAUCGAAGUUUGAAUCCUCCAUUCAGAGGGGCUGUGAUUUCACCCAUGAUUUCGUCUGUUCCCCAUGCGAAGAAGAUAGAUUGAACACGGAAGCUCAAUAUUUCUGUAAUCAGUGCACGAAAUGUUACUGCGUAAACUGUGUCCCAGUUCACAACAAGCUAUUCAAGAGACACUCGGUACUCGACCGGAAGGACGUGAAGAAAUGGGCAGCAGCACCAGGGACGGUGGACGUCCUUGAGAGAUGCGAGAGGCACCCCGGGGAGGCGCUCAAGCUGAUCUGUGGUGACCAUGACCAGCUGUGUUGCCAUGUGUGCGUUGCCGUGGAUCAUAGGUAUGUUUCAAAGACGAUUUAAGUUAAAAUAAAACAA